GAAGUUAGAUGUGGUAAAAUGAGGUCAGUUUUAUUAGUGAUUUCAUUACUGUUUGUUAGUGGUGGAUGUUAUCAUUUGUUAAUUGUUGAAAAUUUAAGAAUAGAGUUCUUAAAAUUACACUCAGAAAUAGUUAAAAACGUUUCAAAUAAUGAUACGUUACGUCACGAUAUUACAUUAAUUUUACAUGAUUACAAACCGUUUUUAAUCCGUUUAAAAAAGGUAGAACAAGAUGUUUUGAAUUAUGAUUUUAUAAUAAACAGUAACAAAUUCAAUAAUAAUAUUCGAAACCAUUUUGAAAGUAUUUAUAACACUACUAUUAACAUUAAUUCCAAGAAAAGAUAUAAUGAAAACAACUUUAAAGACGGAAUAAAGCGGUUUAAUUACACGAGAAUCCUACAAGAUUUCCGUAACAAAACUAACAAACAAACGUAUUUUUAUUCAUUUUUAGAAAAAAUCGAUAAAACGACUUUGGAACAAUAUUCUAAACAUGAAUUGUGUUUUAUCCUUUAUCAAUAUUUAACUUUAACAGAUAUAAAGGGUCUUAUUUUGACGAGUUUGUUUGAAUUUACUACAAAUAAUUCCAGCAUACCUUUAAAACUUCCGCCUGUAGCUAAGUAUAAUAAUAUUUUAUUAUCCUUGGGUAACAUACCUGAUGAUAUAUGGAGACAGGACCCCGCUAACCAUAAAAAAGGGAAAACCUACAUAGAAAUUGAAAAAUUUCUACAAGCUGUUAUUGUUUAUGAAAAACACAUGUAUCCAUUUAAUUGUAAGAACGAAUGUAUUGAUUACAAAAACGUAACGUCCAUAAAAAAUGAUUGUGGUCAACAAUUUAAUGAAAUGGCUUUCAAUUGUAAAUCCAUCGUUGAUACCUACCAUAGAACACAGUUACUUAAUUGUCAUGAAGUGUCUCCAACAUUAACGACUUGUCGAGAUACAUUUCCAAGAAUAUACAAAUAUUCAAAAUUUGGCAAUCAAAUUUAUGGUGAUAAUAGUGGUUGUACUCAAAAAGAACAAACAUUUACAACAAACAAGGGCUGUUCUUACUGUGUAUGUACAAUGUAUUACAAAAGAUAUUCAGCUAAAUAUAUAAGUCUUAGAUCUGUUACUUCCACCAUUGAUAAAAACAGGUAUAUUUUAGAUAUUUAUGUACUUAUGAUGCCGUUUAAAAUUGAAGCAUUACUCAUAGAGAAGACUUCAGCAAAAUUGCUUGUAAAUCAAAUGUAUACGUAAAUUUGCAACUAUGCUUAAUAUUUACUAAUAUUACUUUAGAAUUGGCUUAUGUUAUUGUAUGUAUGUAGCUUCACGUGGGGGCGAAUUCCUUCACAGUAUUUAGACCCCAUUAUGCUCUUUCUACAUCCCCACAUUUUACAGUUCAUUCAGGGGUCAGAAAACCAGCCCAAGGCUUUAAUGAACGUUAAUAUAGAACAGAAGGGUAUGUUCUUUAAGUGGCCCUUACACGAUCAAUAAUAUUGACCAUGUAAGGUGAAAAAUUUUAUUGACGGUAAAUAUUGAUGGAGUAUUGAUAAAAAUCCGGAUUUUCCGAUUUUCAGGCAUCAAUACUGAAAAUUGGAGGGGAUAUUGACAAUACUAUUGACCGUGUAAGGUUAGCGCCUCAACUCCUAAGCCUGUAAUAAACUCAACUUUCAAAAUUAAAUACUUUUUUGUAAUUCGCUACGGUAAUGGAA